UGGUUACUUUGCAAUAAGAUAAGAUUUACAUUAAGUGUCGCUAAACUGGAAUUUUCAAGACUUUGUUGCAAAAAAAUGGUUUGUGGUGGUGACAACAAGAAAGUAGACGAAGAUCACAAACUAUACACAAAGAAGUUCUUCCAAACGAAGAAAUUACUGCUCCUCGGAACCGGAGAGUCUGGAAAGACGACGAUUAUUAAGCAAAUGAAGAUACUCCAUAUAAAUGGAUUCUCAGAAGUAGAACGGAAGGAAAAAAUUCCUUUCAUUAGGCAAAAUAUUCAUGAAUCUAUUUAUGACAUUGUAAGCAACAUGAGCAAAAUUAACCCUCCAGUGGAGAUACAUAGCGUGGAAUCUAAAACAUCUGUGGAAUAUAUAUUAAAUUUAGGACCAAAUGAACCAUCGGAAUACACAGAUGAAUACUUUGAUCAUGUUAAAAUUGCCUGGGCUGAUAAAGGGGUACAAGAUACUUACGAGAGAUCUAAUGAAUAUCAACUUAUUGAUAGUGCAGCUCACUUUUUAAAUCGUUUAGAUGAAAUAAGGCAGCCAGAUUACAUUCCUACUACACUGGAUAUACUCUUCUGCAGAGUGAUGACGGUGUCAAUAUCAAAAAUUGAAUUUGAAGUAAAAUACGGCGGGGGUGUUGCAGAAUUCUGGAUGUACGAUGUAGGAGGACAACGAGGACAGAGGAAAAAAUGGAUUCAAGUUUUUGAUGGAAUUCAGGCUAUAUUAUUCAUCAUAUCGGCCAGUGACUUUGAUCAGACAUUACGUGAAGAUGAAAAUAAGAACAGACUUGAGGAGGCAUUCAGUCUUUUUGAAGACGUUUAUCGUAGCAGAUUUGUGCGAGAUGCAGGAUUGAUUUUAUUUCUGAAUAAGCAAGAUUUGUUAAAGAAGAAAAUUGACCAAGGCAGAAAACUAGAAAAAUAUUUUCCAGAAUACUCUAAUUAUCAAACAAAGGAAGGUGAUCCGAACAGUGAAUAUGACAGAGCAAAGUUUUUUAUGAAGGAUAAGGUUGAGAAAAUUGCCAGCACACCUUUAACUAUUGAACAUAUUGGUUUUGUACCUGGAAAAAAUAUCCAUGAAAAGUUGCCACCAAGAACUAUAUACACACAUUUCACAGUAGCGACCGAUACAAAUAAUAUUAAGAAAAUAUUUGAAAGCGUGCGUGAUACCAUACUAAGACAUACAAUAGAUGUUACAUUUGGUACAUUUUAAUUUUUUUACUUAUUUCAAUAAUUAACUUCUUGAUUAUAAUGUAUGAUGCUGUAAUUAUUUAAUAUUUAAUAAAAUAAAUCAUCCCAUUUUA